AUCCAAUCAUUACGAGAGUGUUGUUUAUCUGUCAACAAUUUGUUUGUUUGCUCCUUGUUACACUAUCAGUAAACCCCAAAGUGAUUGGAUGCCAUCUUUGGAUAAAGAGGAUGGAGUGAAAGUAGUAGUGGACAAAGAAGACAAUUAUCGAUCUUGUCUUUAAGGGUUUUAUUUUUUCAAAGAAGUUGAUUGACAAUUAUGGAAAAUAUGGAAGAUGACACUGAACCCAAAGAAAAUAUGGAGGAAGAUUACGACAUGAAAGAAAAUAUGGAGGAAGAUUGUGAUUCAAAAGAAAAUAAAGAGGCUGAUUGUGACCCAAAAGAAAACUUAGAAGAUCCUGAUUCAAAAGAAAAAAUAGAGGCUGAUAGUGACCCUAAAGAAAAUUUAGAAGACAUUGAACUGAAAGAAACUAUAAAAGAUGAUUGUGGCCCAAAAGAAAAUUUAGAAGAGGAUUGUGACCCAAAAGAAAAUUUAGAAGAUGAUUGUGACCCAAAAGAAAAUUUAGAAGAUGAUUGUAACCCAAAAGAAAGUUUAGAAAAUGAUUGUGAUGCAAAAGAAAACAUGGAGGAAGAUAGUGAUCAGAAAGAAAAUAGAGAAGACAAUUGUGAUCCAAAAGAUAUAGAAGAUGAUUAUAAGGAUAAAGGAACAGGAGAUACAGUUACAAAUGGCUAUGACUCUGAUUCUAAACGGACAAAACUUGAUGAUGCUUCUGAAGAUAAUAGCCAAGAUAAAUUUUCUGACGAGAGUGCAAGUGAUUCAGGAACAAAGAAGGACAGAGAUGAUGAUGCAUCAACUGUUAAAUCUGAAGACAGUGAAAAGGAAAACCGGCGAAAAAAUGGAGAAACAGCAAUGGAUCUUAGCACAAAGUCAAAUGGUGGAGAUAUUAUUAUGCUCUCUGAUGAAGAGGAAAUGCCUAUGAUGAAUGGUCAUUCUGAUGAGAUAACUGUAUCUGAAGUCAAAAUGAGAAAAAGAUUUAUAAAACAGUUACAGUCAGAACUUCGUAAUGAGGAAUCAAAAUUAGUUCUUUUAAAAAAAUUAAGACAAAGUCAAACUACACAUAUAGCAGAGCAGAAUGUACCUGCCAAACAACAGAAACAGAGUUCACAGCCUCCCCCAUUAGUACGAGGACCACAACAGCAGCAGCAACAACAACAACAACAAGCACAUCCUGCUCAUAAUCAGCCACCUCAGUUAAUGAGAAAUAGUCAACAAAAUAAUAACCGUGCACACCAACAUGGCCCACCACCACUUGUGAACAUGGGUAGACAGCCAGAGGCUGGAUAUAUGAAUGGAAAUAUUCCUAAUUACCGUUCUAGUCCGUCGGCACCUCAACAAUCUGCACCUGUUGAUAAUCAAACACCGGCACAAAGACAGGCUGCUGCUAAAAUGGCACUACGUAAACAGUUAGAAAAAACAUUGCUUCAAAUACCUCCUCCUAAACCCCCACCGCCAGAAAUGAACUUUAUACCUAGUCUGGCAAGUCCAGAUUUUAUAUAUCUGUUAGGUUUAGAGGAGGCAGUUAAUUAUAUUAUUGAUGCUAAUCUUAUUUCUAAGGGACAGAAAAAUCCAGAUGAAAAGUUGAUAUGUAAUCCUUUCACGUGUGUACAAUGUAACUCAGACUUUACUCCCGUCUGGAAACGAGAAAAGCCAGGCUCUAAAAAUGUUAUAUGUGAACAAUGUGUUACAACUAAUCAAAAGAAAGCUUUGAAACAGGAGCACACAAAUAGACUAAAAAGUGCAUUCGUUAAAGCCCUACAACAGGAACAAGAAAUUGAGAGAAUGCAGGCCACUCAGAGUAGCAAUACUAAUCAGGCCGCGCCACCAUCUAACAGUAGACCCUCUCAUAACACCUCUCAUAACACCUCUCAAAUUAGUUCUAAUCAUUCACAGUACGCCAACAGCAAUGAAGCUCUCCGACAACAUCAAAACUUUAUUCAGGCACAUCAGGCUGCAGCUGCACACCAAACGGCUUUACGGAUGGGUCAACCUUUGGGAAUGCCAUCAUUUGGUGCACGGGGUGGAUUUCCAUAUCAAAUGCCAUUUGGUGGCAAAGCUUCAGAAUUACAACGACAAUAUUUGCUGGAUAUGAUACGACCAAAUCAUGGUAGUUCACCAUGGAAAUCCUAGUCUAUUACUUUAUAAAUAUGGUGUGCUGUGUUCAGUUUUAAUCAGUGUAAAUUAUUGUGACUUUGCUGUAGAGGAACUUGUUCCAUAUUGUAGAUUUUAACACACUAGUAUUGUUACAGGAAUUAGACUUAAUCGUUUAUACAAUAUAUAGCUUUCUUGGUUUGUAAUACCACAAUGAACAUGUUCAUGUAUAAGCUGGUUUUCUGACUGAACAUGUAAUUAAUUUUCUACCUUAGGUUUUUACACUGACUUUCUGAACAUUUAUCAAAGUUUCAUUUAGGCAAAUUUUAACAAAUACUGUGUCUAUAAACAUCAGGGGUUUUGAUCUGUUCAGGUGACUUGUAGUAAUGUAAGGAGACUAGCAACAUAUGAUUCUGCAUAUCAAUUUGUUUCCUCACUUGUGUUUAAAUACUAUAUUUUGAAGUAAAACUUGUGUUGUACAUGUAUUUCCUUCUUUAGAACAAAUUUGGGUAAAUAUUGUGUUAAUUGUCACUAACAGAAUUGCUGUAGUCCAUUAUUCAUCAUCUAACAUUUUAACAUCAGUUAUCCAAUAUUUUAUCAAUGGAUAGACAAUGAUAGAGUCUUCAAUUUCCAGCUCAUCAUCUAAAUAUUUAAUUUAAAAUGUACAUAGGUUGCAACUUGCAAUAGAAAAAUUCAUUGAUUGAGCAUAUGUUAUUAAAGUCCAAUAUAAAAAAAAUCACAUGUUGAAGAAAUCCGGUCAUUUCACUCCUCUGACAUACAUAUGAUAUAUUAAACAUGUACACAAGAGAUUGUUUAUUGCUGCUUUAAAAAGAAUCUAAAGAAAAUCAACUUCAAUUUGUCUUACAAUAAUACAUUUAGCGUGUUUAAUAGCAUCUUCAUACAAUAUGAUGAUCAGUAUUCUACAAUCAUGUACAGUGUAUUGACCUUGGCCUUCAAAAGCAGGACUUGAGAUUUCUUUAUUAUAAUUUGUUAUUGCUAGAAAUUUUGUUGAAUUCUCAACAUUAUUUUAUUUCAAAAAAUUUCAAGAUGUCAUUUUAAAGUUGAUUCUCUUCUGACCUGUUACUUCAGAAUGUAAACCUUUACAUUCUAAAAACUUGAAAAAAAGUUAUAUAAUAGGUACCAAAUUCAACAUUCCAAACCAAAACCUGUGCAAUGCCAAUGGUAUAAAUUCUCAAUUUCUUUUUCAUAUACAGAUUAAAAAGUGAAGGUCAUAUUCUAGAAUCACAUGAUUUUAUUAUUCCAAUCCCGAUCAUGAUCAGUGGUAAUAAAACAUAGCAGGCAAAAUUGUUUAGACUGCAGUAACAUAUUGGAUGUAUAUAUUUUUAUUAUGAAACUCUGUAAGGCCAUGUUGAUAAUGGCAGUGAUAAAUAUAAAGAUAGUCUUUACUGUACAUCAUUAUUAAAGAAUUAAACAGAAAUACUUGUGUAUCAUAUGUGUGUGAUAUUUUGAUAAGAGAUAACAUACACAAUUAUUUUCAACUGAAAUAUCUGCAGAUAAGUUGAUGUUUAUUCAGGAUCUUGUUCCAAAUAUUCUAUAAUUUCUUAAAUGUUAUAUUUGUGAGUGACAUAUUUUUUCAAAAAUUUUCAUCCAAACAUUCGAAUUAAUCAAAAUAAAUACCUUAAUAUGUUAGGCUUUUGUGAAUAAUAUAGUUGUUAAACUUGUUAUUAUGAAUUGGAAUUGUUCCAUAGCUACACACAACUGUUAGUGCUUCUUGUUAAGUUUGAAUACAUUAGGCAUGAUCAUGUAAGCAAUUUCAUAUUUACAUCAAGUUCAUUGUUCCAAUUACCAAAAGUACAUGAGUACUAUACUGUAUUUUAAUGCUGUGUGAAUAACUGAUUUGGUGUAAAUUUUCAGAUGGAUGUCACAGUUGUAAAACAAAUGGUGUGCAUUCAUUAUCUGUACAAGUUCCUGGUAUUAAAUGAUGUACAUAUCCUGUACAUAUAUUUACAUUAUACAUGAACAUAAGUCUUAUUUAUUAAUCAAAGAGUUGUGAUUCACAGUUCUUUUUAUCUAUCAUGUUUUUUUAUGAGUUUUGAAUUUAUUUUUUUCAUAAGUGAAAUCAUUUUAUGUUAAUAUAGUGCAUUAUGAGGGAAACAGAAAAUCAUUAAUUUAUUGGAGGACCAGUGCUAAUAAGUUGACUAAAUAAAAUGCAGAAAGUAUCAUGAA